GGAAAGGGGGCCGAGAUGGGACCGCGGACGCCCGGGAACCUUCCUCUCGGAGCGUGUUGUCGGCCGGAGCGCUUUCCCGAGGCCCCAAGCGCCCCGCCCCCGUCGUCUUCCCCGAGACCCUCUACUCUCUCCGCGUCCGUGCUCCCCUUUCCCGGGGCCGCCAGUUCCCGAGCACACCCAAAGGCCCCAAGUCCUGCGGCCGCCUGCACCUGCGGAGUAGCUCGGAACGGUCCGGAGUCGUCCGGACUCGAGAGGCUGCUGCACCGGCCUGAGACACUUCUCCGGAUGCGAGUACUGCCAUCUGGCUGCCCCCAGCCCCUGGCGCUUCUCUCUGUGGCGGCCAUGGAGGCCGCUCUCCCUCCUCGGACAGGUGGGUCUUCAGAUCACGGACCUUCCUCCACCGGAUCUCCCCAGGCUUCGUCCCCGCCAAGGUCUAACCACUACCUCCUCAUUGACACCCAGGGUGUCCCCUAUACAGUGCUGGUGGAUGAGGAGUCUCAGGGUGAGGCCGCGGCCCAGGGCCCUGCAGGUCAGAAAAAGUGCUACAGCUGCCCUGUAUGCUCCAGGGUCUUCGAAUACAUGUCGUACCUCCAGCGCCACAGCAUCACGCACUCGGAGGUGAAGCCUUUUCAGUGUGACACCUGCGGGAAGGCAUUCAAGCGGGCCAGCCAUCUGGCGCGGCACCACUCCAUCCACCGGGUGGGUGGUGGGCGGCCCUACAGCUGCUCGCUGUGCCCACGCCGCUUCCGGGACGCGGGAGAGCUGGCCCAGCACAGCCGCAUGCACUCGGGGGAGCGUCCCUUCCAGUGCCCGCACUGCCCGCGCCGCUUUAUGGAGCAGAACACGCUGCAGAAGCAUAGGCGGUGGAAGCACCCGUGAGCUGUCCCGUACACGGAGGACCGUGGGACUAAGGGAGCUGGGACUCCUGAGGCCCUCACACACCUGCCGCAGCUUCAGGCUGACUUCCUUGGUCCUGGAUACAUACACACAAGCCGGACUCUUCCCCCAGGGUGAGCCCUGUGUGGAGGAGUCCUCAGCAUGAUGGGGAGGCUACUGUGUGUCAGUGCCAGCCUGCAGGGAUUGAGGCAGGAGCUGUGUAGAAAACUGUUCUGCCUCAGAAAACUCAUUGGGGGUCCCAUCCAUGAUGACCUUGGUGUUAGGGCCCUGAUCUGCAUAGGCCUGUCUCCCAACCAGCAAGACAAUAAAUCCCCCUGCCGCUCAGCAUGUCCAAUUAGCAGAGAGCAAGUACCUUCCUACUUGGGUCUUUGGCUGGCCUGGCUGGAGGAAGGAAGGUUAGCUCACUCUGGGGUUAGGUCUACCUCAGUUCUGAAGACCUGUGCCAUCUAAAGAGUGUUUUUCAACUUUGUUUUAUAACACAGUAUACAAAUUCACAAAAGGUAUGUAAAACCAGUUUCUUUAACAAGUUACCAUUAGUGUGUGCAGGACAGCGUGGUAUUUUUUCCAAUUAUUUUAAAAUACAGAGUCCAUCAUACUCUAUUGAUAGUAAUACAUUCUCUGCCCCUGAACCUGUAGUUUAAAGAACACGGAUCUAGGGCAGGUGGCUCCCCCUGGACCGUGCAACCCAGGUUGCAGAUUAUUUGUAGAAGUGCACGUGGAAGGGAGAGCUCCUCCCCGCUUUUCUUUUGCUGGUUCUGAGGCUUGAGUUCAGGGCUUGGGUGCUGUCCCUGAGCUUCUUUUACUCAAGGCUACCG